UUUAAACCGUACCCCGGCUCCAGUCCAGCCUCUACCUCCAAGCUCCGUCACUCACUGCGGUCAGCGAGGGGUAUAGAUCCUUGGACUGGGAAUUAGGGUUUUUGAGACUUGGGAGGGGGAUUCCAUAGAAGCUAUGGGGAAGAAGAAAGGUGGCCAAGCAGCUUCUUCAGAUGAUUUCCUCCAAACCCUCGAAGACUUCACCAGCAAAGAGAAUUGGGAUAAAUUCUUCACUCUCAGAGGCAAAGACGACUCGUUCGAGUGGUACGCUGAGUGGCCUCAGCUCCGUGACUCGCUUUUACCUCUCCUCCGAGACUCCUCUUCUUCUUCCUCGUCCUCUUCUUCUUCUGGGUCGCUUCAGAUUCUGGUUCCCGGAUGCGGAAACUCCCGCCUUACCGAGCAUUUGUACGAUGCCGGAUUCCGUGACAUCACUAAUGUCGACUUCUCCAAGGUUGUUAUCUCCGAUAUGCUUCGCCGCAACAUAAGGACUCGGCCCGAGCUUCGUUGGCGAGUUAUGGACAUAACAAAGAUGCAGUUGGCCGAUGAAUCUUUUGAUACGGUUCUCGACAAAGGUGCUCUUGAUGCUUUAAUGGAGCCUGAGGUUGGUACGAAGCUGGGGAAUCAAUACUUAUCAGAGGCCAAGCGGGUUCUGAAACCUGGGGGGAAGUUUAUCUGUCUAACGCUGGCGGAGUCUCAUGUCUUAGCAUUGCUUUUUUCGAGAUUUCGUUUUGGUUGGAAGAUGACUGUUCAUUCAAUCUCUCAAAAACGAUCGAAACUUAAGACAUUUAUGGUGGUGGCUGAAAAAGAAAAGUCCAUUGUAUUGCAUGAGAUAGUCUCUUCUUUCGAUCUUUUAUCUCUUGGCGGCAAUGAUACUCAGGCUUCUGGUAUGUUUGAAGCUCUUGAGAGUGAAAACAAGAUACGUAGAGACUGCAAUAAUGGCUCAGACUUAUUUUACUCCCAUGAAGAUUUGAAACUUGGUAUUAAAGGAGAUUUAGCAGAGCUUAAUGAAGGUCGUCGUAUAAAAUUUACUUUGGGUUGCCAAGGAAGCAAUUUCAGUUAUAGGGCCGUGCUUCUUGAUGCUCAGAAGCAGACCGAGCCGUUCGUGUAUCAUUGUGGUGUUUUUCUUGUCCCCAAGACUCGUGCUCAUGAGUGGCUGUUCUGUUCAGAGGAAGGACAGUGGCAGGUUGUCGAGAGUUCUCAGGCCGCUCGUCUCAUAAUGGUUUAUCUCGACAAUAGCCAUAGUGGCGUCAGCAUGGGGGAUAUCCAGAAUGAUCUAUCUCCCAUGGUAGCACAAUUAGCUCCUCGAAAUGAUGAUGAAGCAGCUCGCAUUCCGUAUAUGAUGGCAAGUGAUGGGAUCAAAAAGCGUACUACUGUCCACGAGGUUACGUCUUCCUUGACUGGGCAAGUGGUCGUUGAAGAUGUGGUUUAUGAAAGCACUCCUAGUAAUCCCGGAGGCUUAUCUCCUUCUGAUGAUUUGGCAUUUCGACGCCUUGUAUUCAAAAGAACCGAGUAUUUGAUACAGUCUGAAGCUUUGCUUGUUGAGGAUGGUGAGAUUGUUGAUCAGAAAGAGAAAAUUAAAAAUGUUUCCCAAUCAAAACGAAAGGGAAAUAAAAAAGGAAACCAAGAACCGAGCGGACCUAUUGUGAGGGUCUCUCAUGAUUAUUUGGCUAGCUCUUAUCACACUGGGAUUAUAUCUGGAUUCGCAUUGGUAUCUUCCUACCUGAAGAAGACUGAAUCAUGCGGAAAGAUGGUUAAGACUGUUAUUAUUGGUCUUGGAGCAGGAUUGCUUCCCAUGUUCCUCCAUGGAUGCUUGCCAUUUUUCAAUAUUGAGGCGGUUGAGCUUGACCCGGUAAUGCUUGAUGUUGGCAAGGAUUACUUUGGUUUCACUCAAAAUGAUCGCUUGACGGUACAUAUUGCUGAUGGGAUCAAGUUCAUCGGGGAUAUAACAAACUCUGAAACUUCUUCUGAAAAGAUCUCAAGCGCUGUGUCUACUAAAUCAAAUGGGGAUUCCACGGCGUCUAACUUGGAAGGAAGAAGAUGUCCUGACAUUCUGAUUAUAGAUGUGGAUUCAGCAGAUUUAAGCGGCGGGUUAACCUGUCCUGCAUCAGAGUUUAUCGAAGAGACAUUCCUGCUUUCGGUUAAGCGUGCUCUCCCUCAGCACGGUCUGUUUGUAGUGAACUUGGUCUCAAGGUCACAAUCUGUCAAGGAUAUGGUAGUAUCUAGAAUGAAAAAGGUUUUUGAUCACUUGUUCAGCCUGCAACUAGAAGAGGAAGAUGACGUGAACGUGGUGCUCUUUGGGCUUUGCUCUGAAUCUGUGAUCGGUGAGAGCGAUAUCCCAGAAUCUGCAGUUAUAUUGGAAGAAUUGCUCAAGUGCCAGAGAUUGGAAACGAAGCAAAGCAUCAUCGACGCUGCAAACAAGUUGAAAUGCUUGAAAUGAAUCAACAACUUUAGCUAUUUUUAAAAGAUUAUUUUCAUGUUUUAAAAGACAUGUAAUAUAAUACAUUUGUCCUUGUAAGUUGCGAUUGGAAAUUUUGAAACUUUAUAAUAGCUUCUUCCUUACGCAAGUGGAAAAUGAAGCGUGGGGGUUUCGGUUUUACAUAAAUGACCUUUUUUGUUAGACCAACCAACCUAUUGAGGCAUUUAAUUUGAAUGAUAAUGAUGUUCGAAUGUAAGACG